CGUUCCUCGGCACCCCCUACACCCCCCCGGUCUGAACCGCCGUCUGGCGGUCGUGCCCAUCUCUCUCUCUCUCUCUGCCGUUGUCGCCGUAGGGCAAGUUCUUGUGCGGAGCUACGCACUCGGAAGGACGCUGCAUAAAAAGGUCCAGGCUUUUCAUACAAGAACCCCAGGUAGCGAAAAUGGUGUCUGAGCUAAUCAAUGCCAAUCCCGUGGUGUACGAGAAGAAAGAGCGACGGGUUCGCAGCGCGCCGUCACGUGCCGAUGAAUACGCCGUCGAAGCCAUCGAUCAGCUAGAGAUUUUCGAUCAUCUCAGAGAUAUAAAGGACCCAGAACACCCAUACUCUUUGGAAGAGCUGAAGGUAAUCACUGAAGAUGCAAUCGAGGUAGAUGAUUCAAAUAGUUAUGUCAGGGUCACAUUUACUCCCACAGUCGAACAUUGCAGUAUGGCAACAAUAAUUGGUUUAUGCCUAAGAGUGAAACUUAUGAGGAGCUUGCCAUCUCGAUACAAGGUGGAUAUUAGGAUCGCGCCUGGUAGUCAUGCAACUGAAGCUGCAGUAAAUAAGCAACUAAAUGACAAAGAACGGGUUGCUGCUGCGCUGGAGAACCCUAACCUUGUGGACAUGGUCGAUGAGUGUCUGGCUCCUACUAAUGGCUUAGCUGGAUGAAAGUGAUUUCUGCUUGGUAAGCAAGGUCUGCCUGGCUAGGAUGUAUAGGUUAUUGCCCUGUUCGAUCAUGCGCUUGCCAUUUUCUUUCAUGGAGUGGCAUUGGCAGGUAGAUUUAGUAAAAGGGCCAUAAAAUAUGUUAAUUUAUGUUUUCUGUAACAUGUAAGCUUCAGUUGCUCGGAAAUAUUUGGAGCUUUGAAUAUGUACUAUUUAGCAGCCAAAUUUUGGUAUAGAUUGUGGUAAUCUGAUCUUAAAGCAUAUUCAUGUGGGGAA